CAUCCUGUGAGUGAACAAUCAAUUAUUUUCCCUGGUUGGUUCAAUAUUCUUAGGAACUCUCUUCCUUCAACAAAAAAAAACACACCAAUAGAGAUCCAAGAAAGAGAGAGAUGGGAAGGUCACCAUGCUGCGAGAAAGCUCACAUGAACAAAGGAGCUUGGACUAAAGAAGAAGACCAGCUUCUCGUUGAUUACAUCCGCAAACACGGCGAAGGCUGCUGGCGAUCUCUCCCUCGAGCCGCCGGGUUGCAGAGAUGUGGUAAGAGUUGUAGGUUGAGAUGGAUGAAUUAUCUAAGACCAGAUCUCAAGAGAGGCAAUUUCACCGAGGAAGAAGACGAACUCAUCAUCAAACUCCAUAGCUUACUCGGUAACAAAUGGUCGUUGAUUGCUGGGAGAUUAGCAGGAAGGACAGACAACGAGAUCAAAAACUAUUGGAACACUCACAUCAAGAGGAAGCUUCUCAGCCGCGGGAUUGACCCAAACACGCACCGUCCGAUCAACGAAUCCACAAUCCCUCCUUCGAAAACAACAACACCGUCACUUCUACACGACGAGUCUGUACAAUUCGAUUUAGCCAAACCGGAUCAACAACAAACGGUUAAACCGGAACCAACGGUGCUAUACCGGGAAGAGGGUGAUAAUAAUAACAAUAACUGCACGAGCAGCGGAACGACUUCGGACGACGAUUGUGUACUCAAUUUGGAACUCUCUGUUGGUCCGGCUACUACGAGGAGUUACCGGUACGAGUCAACCCGGAAGACAAAUCUUGACUCGGUCGAGUCCACUGGACGGUGGGGAUCCGAGUUGUUCGGGGCUCAGGCUGGAGUGUGUUUGUGUUGUCGGAUAGGGUUUCAUAAUGAGUCGUGUCGCAAUUGUCGUGUUUCUGAUGCUCGAACCAUCUGGGAAUCGAAAAUUCUAUAGGAAUACUUUAUAUAUUAGUUCAUUUGUAUUUUUGUUUUGUUUGGUUACGUUUCUUCUUGUAAUGAAUGUAUCCAGUAACAAAAGAACAGGAUAAUUUAUCAAAAUAGGAUAAUCUAUCUGAUGGGACAUAGAUUAAUUUA